GGACGCAAGCAAACCGCCCCUUCACCCUCUCCACAUCACCUCGCCGCCCAUAUCCAUCCGAGAGCCCGUUUAAUAGAGAGCAGCGAGGAGAGCGAGCGCACCAACGGGAUCUGCCCCUGCCGCCUGCGCUAGGGUUUCCUCCUCCAAGCACCGCCUCGCAUCCCUAGCCUCCCCCGCUCGCUGCGCCCCGGGAUCCCGCGGCGGCCAUGGCGGCUGAAGCGCCACCGUCGGCGGCGUCUGCCUCCUCCGUGUCGGCCCCGCGGCCGCCGGCCGCGUCCGGCUCCGGUGGCGGGGCGGCGGCGUCCCCGGAGUCGUACAUCGGGAGCCUCAUCAGCCUGACCUCCAAGAGCGAGAUCAGGUACGAGGGCGUCCUCUACAACAUCAACACCGAAGAGUCCAGCAUCGGCCUGCGCAACGUGCGGUCAUUUGGGACUGAAGGCAGGAAGAAAGAUGGAAUGCAGAUUCCUGCUAGCGACAAAGUUUAUGAGUACAUCCUCUUUCGGGGAAGUGAUAUCAAGGAUCUGCAAGUUAAGUCAUCUCCACCACCACCACCGCCACCACAAGCAGCUUCCCUGCACAACGAUCCUGCCAUAAUCCAGUCACAUUAUUCCCAACCAGCAUCAACUUCAAGUUUGCCUUCAGCUGGGGGUACAGUUGUACCAGACCUCAGCUCCCAGGCAGCUCAAUAUGGGCUUCAGAGGCCAAGUUUUCAGAGUAUUCUUCCGCUGUAUCAACCAGGGAACACUCCAUGGGGAUCUUCAGUGGCGCCUCAGGCAGGAAAUGCUUCCACACUUUCAGUUCCCUCAAUGUAUUGGCAAGGAUACUAUGGGCAUUCAAGUGGACUGCCACCUCAUUUGCAGCCACCUCCUUUUCUUCAGCCCACACCAGGAUUGUCGGUUCCUCAGAAUCUCCAAUAUCCUUCUUUGCCAUCUGGGCUGCAAAAGCUGUCGGAACUCCAACCCUCAUUGAUGCCACCUGUUACUAGUCAAGGUUCUUCAUCAGGUAUCCUGCCUGCUACAACAGCUCCUGCUUCUGCUACCUUAUUAGCUCCAGAAAGUUCAAAGCCUCUUCUGCCGAACAUGGGAUCGUUGUUUGCUCCUCCUGUGACAUCUCUUGGUGCCACUUUUCCUUUUCCAAGCCAGCCAACUUCCACGGCUGAAACUAGUGCAAUGUCACAGAACUUAAAUUCUUUGGGUAGCAGCAAGGCUGCUGUUCUUCCAGGCUCAACACUGGCAUACCAAACUGUAUCUCAGUCUGUUUCUUCGACUGUUGCCCCAUCUAGCUCGUCCCAAGUGGAGAUGCCUGUGCCUUUGUUAGCACCAUCAGGUCAGCUAUUGCAGAACACUGCAUCCAUGCUUUCAUCCUCGCACUCCAUGCAGACACCUUUACAGAUGGGCAGCAAAGAAUCAAAGCCAGUUGAGCCUAAGGCAAAAGUUGCAGAACCACUGCUACCUGACCCUUUGCUACCUGAUCCACCAUCACGUGCUCUGCCUGAAAAUAAGGAGCCUAUAUUACCAUUGCCGAAACAAACGCCUCAAAAGUACAACGGAUCUGGUUCACACAACCACCACAACUUCAGGGGCCGUGGAAGGGGUAGAGGAAGUGCGUUUUCACAGUCUGUGACAGCAUUUACUGAAGAAUUUGAUUUCACGGCCAUGAAUGAGAAGUUCAACAAAGACGAAGUCUGGGGUCAUCUUGGUAAGAAAUCCCAGUCAAGGGAUAAGGAUGGUGAGAUGGGAGGUGAUGUUUUUGAUGAAGAUUUGGAGGUUGUGGAAACAGAAAACCCAGAGUUGGCUGUCAAGCCUGUUUAUGUCAAGGACGACUUUUUCGAUUCCCUCUCUAGUGGAACAUUUGGACGUGGAGGAGGGCCAAAUGGAAGGGGCAAGUUUUCAGAAAGGCGGAGAGUUGACACAGAGACGUUUGGUGAGUUUCCAAGGCAUCGGCAGCCCUAUCGUGGUGGUGCCCGUGGUUACCGUGGUGGUGGCCGUUCCCGUGGUGGGUACUAUGGUGGCAGAGGCUACGGGAACAUUGGGCAGGGUGGCUAUGGAAACAUGGGCACAGGUGGCCCUGGAAAUUCGUAUCCUCACCGUGGUGGGGCGUAUGGGAGAGAUUGAUUGUAGCAGAUGUGCAUCCAACCAUACUUGCGGCUGGUGUAGUCUUUUACCAUAUGCAUGAUGCAUCUCGUACUGUUCAACAAAUAAAUGGAACUUACCACCAUGUCACUUGGGCGUGCCUUGUGCAGACAAGGCCUGUAGCUUCUGGUCAUUAAUGUGUUUUAUACCGUGUUCUGUAGGAAGAGUUGCCAGUAGAUGAGCAGCUGAUGCUUGAUAGGGUAAGCUUGUGGCCCUUGGUGUGCGUACCAAGCGCUUGAGAUGUAGUUGUAUAGGCCGAUCUCAAUCCAGGUAUGCAAAGCUGGGCCUAGCUCCGUAACCUUUUUUUAAUUUAUUUCAGAUUAGCUGUGUUGUCUGUUUUGUAUUGGUGGUAGUGAAACCUUGAAUUUCCCUGCUGUCAGAAGUCUUCAAUUAUAUAAUGAACUGAAUUACCCCAGUUGUUGCAGUUAA